AUGCUGGUGCAGGCAGCAGCCCGAGAGACCAAAGGAUUGUUGAGGUUUUUAUCUGUGAAGGGCCCUGAGCUGCUUUCCAAGUACAUCGGAGAGUCCGAAGCAGGAGUGCGGAAGGUCUUCGAACGCGCCGCGGCGGCCGCCCCGGCGGUGAUCUUCUUCGAUGAGAUCGAGGCCUUGGCACCCAAGCGUGGAGCUGAUUCCACCGGCGUGACGGACCGCGUGGUGAACCAGAUGCUUUGCUACCUGGAUGGCGUGGAAGACCGUGGCCGUGUCUUCGUGGUCGCCGCCACGGGGCGACCCGACAUGGUGGAUCCCGCCUUGAUGAGACCUGGGCGCUUCGACAAGAUCUGCUACUGUGGCUUGCCAACGGAGGAGGAGAAGCUGGAGAUUUGCCAGAUCUUAGCGAGGAAAAAUAGUCUCAGCGCUGAUGGUGAUGAUCUCGUGGCUUUGCUGCGCGAGUUGGUGGCCUGUCUCCCGAAGCUCUUCACCUGUGCAGACGUGAACGCGCUCUUCUCCUCCGCGAAGAUUGAAGCGGUGAACCAAGCAUUGGGGCAAAAGGAUUCAAUUGCUCAGCCAAAGAUGAUGUUGAGUCACCUGUACGAGGCCUUAAGCACCUCCAAGGCCUCAGUCUCGCCCGCCGAUGAGCGCCGCUACGGCGAGAUCUUCGCGCCCUACUGCCGACCGGCGAAGAGCGGGACGCCGUACGCGACCUCUGGACGCUGGAUUGUGGACCAGCAGGGUCUCCGCGUGAAGCUCGCGUGUGUCAACUGGGCUGGCGCCGAGGUGAAGGUCCAACGUGACCCCACGCUGCCCAUGGAGCUGCAGGACACGCUGCUGAAGGCCAACCCACAGCUCCGAGGUGCGACGGCGCUGGAGAUCCUGGACGCUGUUAUUGAUGCAUGCGCCUCUGCUCAGCUCUUAGUGAUCCUGGACAACCACGUGUCAGAUGGAACUUGGUGCUGUUCAGAUGUGGAUGAGAACGGCCUUUGGCACAAUAGUCGCUGGCCGACCAGUGAUUGGUUGCAGGCACACCUGAAGCUGGCCUCCCGCUACGCCAGGCAGCCGUGGGUCGUGGGCACCGAGCUGCGAAAUGAGGUGCGCGCCUCGACACAGGGCACGCCGCAAUGGGGCGGUGGUGGGCCCAAUGAUUGGCAUGCCGCCGCAACCCAGGCGGGUAAUGCCGUGCUCACGGUGAACCCCCAUUUGCUGAUUAUUGUGGGUGGCCUUGGCUACGGCAAAGACUUGACUGGUGUGUUCAGGUUGCCCGUUCAUCUCAAAACACCUGAGAAGUUGGUUUACAGUGCUCACUCUUAUUCGUGGUCUUAUCCAGGCUUGCCCGACACUUAUGAGGCGCUUCAUGCUCAGCUGGGCAAAGACUGGGGCUUCAUUGUGGAGGACGAGAGGCCCUUCACUGCGCCAGUCUGGGUCAGUGAGUUUGGCACCUUCAGCGAUUGCCAUAAGGACUCCUGUGCGAACUGGUGGCCCGACUUCUUGAGAUAUCUUGAGCAGGGAGACUUUGAUUGGGCCGUGUGGCAUGCGGACGGCACGUGGAGCCAUGAUGACUUGCAUCCCUUCCAUGGCCCAACCAACUAUGGGGUCUUGGCGGCGGAUUGGCAGCGUCCGGCAGCCGACGGCGAGCUUUUGGCGGCGCUGAAGACGAUCCAGGUGAGCGGGUUAGGGCAAUUGAGGCCUCCACCCUCUCAGUAUGGUUGA